UUUAUGCAGAGUUGGAUUAAAAGUACAAAAAGUGUAAACAUUGGAAAGAUAAUAUUUAUUAAUUUUGAUUUUGUUUAAUUCCACUUUAAAUUCAGCUCAAAAUGUUUUCGCAAUAUAUGGAAGAGCUCGAGAAGAAUCCUUAUGUCGUUGAGGAUUUUGUGGAGAAGCUUUUUUGGAGGACAAACAGUGGAAAUAAUUCAGAUAACAAUAAUAGUGAAUUAUUAAUUGAAACAUUCCAAAAUACAAUUAAGGAUUUAAAGAUUUUACAAGAACGACAGCAAAGAAAGUGCGAAAAACUGGAAGCAGCACUUAGUGAUGAGCAAAAGAUUCAUGCAAAGCAUAUUGAUAAGCUCCUUGAGAGACACAGCAUAUCUGUUGAAUGUUUUCAUCAAUUGGAUGAGAAAAUCAAUUCUGUUGCUGGAAAGAUCAUCCAUUUAGGCGAGCAGUUGGAGAACGUUAAUACGCCAAGAACAAGAACAGCAGAAGCACUCAAAUUAUUAAAUCAUAUGAGCGAGUUCCUUAUUGCUGGACCAAUUGUGAAUGACAUUUUCACGAAUAAAGCUAAUCUUUUGGAAGCAGCAGACAUAAUUCAGAAACUAUAUCUCGUUGCUCAAGAUUUGCCUGCUGAUAAAUUUGGUGCUGCAAAGAAGAAAAUUGAAUCUAAAUAUGACGAAAUCGAGCGUAACUUGAUUGAGGAAUUUGCUAUGGCACAGACUGAAGAGAAUAUUGAGAAAAUGAAGAACCUCGCAAAAAUCCUAUCUCAGUUUAAAGGAUAUAAUCAAUGUGUCGAUGUCUAUAUUGAACAAAGUCAAGCUACCAGCUAUAAUCGAGGAAAGGAUGUUUAUGAAAGUAUUCUUCCUUUGUGUAGACAACACUAUGGAAUUAUUAAGCAAGUCUUUGCGAAUCCAGACACAGUAAUGAGUAAAUUCAUUCUAAACAUUUAUCAAUUGAGAAUCCAUCAAUUUUCAUCCACUAAACUCGCUGAUGACAGCAAGGAUGAUUUAAAAUACAUAAAAACUCUCCACUAUCUUUAUUUACGAACAAUGAAGCUAUCGAACGAUCUUGCAGAAUUUAUUAGAGAUUCUAAUGACGAUUUACUAUCGAAACUUACUCAAAACAUGUUUGCAAAGCAUUUAGUGAAUUAUAUUGAAAUAGAACUAAGAUGCUUCGAUAACAUAUGUGCAAUGGAACUACGAAAGUUUUAUGAGGGCAAAAAUCAUCAAAAGAAACAAACUGAAAGAUUUCAGGACUUGAAACGUGACAUGCAGGCAAUAAUUAGUGCAAGAACUAAUAUAAAUAUCGUUCAGAUUGACAACUAUGGAGGAGAAACAUUCUUAUCCGAGGAACUAGCUAUAAACUUACUUCAAGAAUCGACUGCUGCCUUUGAAAGAUGCUCUGUGCUGUCAAAAGAAGCAGAUACGCCAACAAACAUAAUCAAAAUAGCAGAUAUAUUAUUGAAAUAUCUCUUAACAGAACAUUGUGAUUACGCUGUCGAUUUGGGUAUACAGUCCAUUCCAAUUGCUGACACAAAAUCUGCUCCACAAAUUUAUUUCUUUGAUGUUGUUCAGAAAUCUAAUACAAUUGUUCAUUUAUUGGAAAAGACAUAUAAUGCAAACAUAAUUCCGUACGUUAUUUCCACUUCCAAAUACUCUGAUUGCAUGCAUAAAAAGAGAUUUUGCACAGACUCGAUUGAAAAUAAAUUGGAUACUGGUCUUGAUCGAUCAUUAAAUUCAAUUUGCAAUUGGUUGAAAAUUUACUUGCAAAAUGAACAAAAAAAGACAGAUUUUAAGCCAGAAUCUGAUAUUGAUACCGUUUCGUCUAAUGCAUGCUCUGCUGUAUGUCAAUAUUUUAAUAACUGUACUGCACAGAUCAAGAAAACUAUUGAUGGUGACAAUUUAACAGAAGUUCUACAAGAAUUAGGAAUCAGAUUCCAUCGCGUAAUUUAUGAACAUUUAUUACAAUAUCAGUACAAUACCCUAGGGGCGAUGGUCGCAAUUUGUGAUGUCAAUGAAUAUAGAAAAUGUGUGAGGAAAUUAGGUGAUUCACUCGUUUCACAGCUAUUCGAUAUACUCCAUGCUCUUUGCAAUCUUUUACUGGUUAAACACGAAAAUCUACAAGAAGUUUGCAGCGGUGACACUCUUAAUUAUUUAGACAAAACUGUCGUUCUCAAUUUUAUUCAGCUAAGGAGCGACUAUAAGACCAUUAAACCACUAACUGCUUCGUUAAAAACUUAUUAAUCUUAUAAAUCAUUUAUUGCUUAGCAUUAUUAACAAUUUAUUAUUAUUGGCUUACUUAUAUUAUCAUUUAUACAAAUAAAUAAUGUGCUGUCUAAAACUUGUCA